CUUGAUCCAUACUCUACAUGUGUACGAAAACCGAUUUUGAAAAUAUUACUUCGUUAUUUUAUAAAAAAUCGAAAACCAAAAAGUGAGGAAAUGGAUCCAGUUUCGCCUUAAACCUUAACAGCCUCCUAAAACCUACUGAAAUAUCCAGAAACUACUUCCAAAUGCCCCUGAAACCCUCUAAAACCGUUCUAGACGCAUUAAAAUGACUUGAAAUCCCGCUUAAUGCUUUUUGAGACUCCCUUGAAAUUCUAUAAAGUUCUCUCAAACCCUCUGAAACGCCUUGUAAUGCAUUGAAACUCCUUUGAAACAUAACCUUAAAUCGACGUGAAAGCAUCCUAAAACCCCAGGAUAUCACUACCAGAACCCCUGAAAAUCCCUGAUACCACCUAAAAUCCUUGAAACACCCGGGAAGCCAUCCGAAACCCUUCUAAAACUCCCAUAUUGGCCCAUGAUACUUAAAAAUAAAAGUCCAACAAAAUUGCUGCAAAAAGUUCGACAGACUUUUGACUACCAGGGAACCCUUCAACAAUGCUAGCCACAUACAAAGUGUGUCCAAUAGGGUGACCAACAUUUCCGCGAAAACAAAUGUGAAGUUUGACUCCUAAGGUGGCGCCCACCGAGCUUCAAGUUAGUAUUGCAAAACUUGGCCAAAUGUAUCGCGGUAUUUUCCGACUCUAAAGUCCCGAUUCAUUAUUAUCAUAUCACAGUAGAAUUUCGCACACGACUUCAAAGCGGCUAACGUACACAUUUCAUGACAUGUCAGGUCAUGACAUGGACGUCUGCUGUUCAACAGUUAAGCGAAAUACGUUUGAUUGGUUGGUGUUAAACGUAGUUGGAAAAUGAUAAAUAAUUGGAUUUUUAUAAAUGAUCACAGAAAUCCGACGUAUGUGGAAAAAGUUAUACCCUAGGUCAGGGGUUUUCAGACCUUUUGAUUCGCGGUGCACUUUUUGGAAAUAAAUCGCUUCGCGAUGCAAAUGUCCAUUAUUCACAAAACCAAUUUCAAACUUGUGAAAAAGCUGACGUAUUUUUUUAGCGAAUUCCAGAUGCAUACACUCGUCGUUAAACAUUUUUCCACACUUGCAUUUUUUUUUCAUUCCAGUUUCGGAGCAAAGUUAAGUGACACAGUUAUACUUAUGACACACAUGUGAUACAAAAAUCACUGUACAAUUGCGCUUCAAAUGAGUGCCAUUCUGAAAAUUCUCUCUGUUCAAGUCAGCCUUGUUAGAUUUUUUUUGACAUUGCGUACCGUUGUACAGGAAUCACACUCGUAUCACAUGUCUGCCCGGGGUAUUAUUCAACUUGAAGUAUUUUCUUGCUCAGAAUAUUUCUGAAAACUUUCAGACUAGAUCUUAAUUAACCAUCUUCGUACAUUACAUGACGCACCCAGCUGUCGUAGAAUUCCUGGUCAACUGAUUUAAAUAUCAGUGAUAGAUUACUUCUCUAGCAUUGAACUUAACCUCCGAAAUAUUAGAUAGGUUUUCUUAGAGUUUUAAGAGAAUUAAUUGAAAAAGAUUGCAAAUUCCUUGUAGAAUGCUUGUAAAUAUCCAUGGCGAGUUUUAAGAAAAAAUAUGAUUUUUAUAUCAACAGUUUCAGUAGAUUUGACUCUUGGUGAAUAUCUGAGAGGUUUUUUUUUUACUGGAUUCAAUGGUAACUCAUCGGCGCGAAUCAUGGAAAUUUUACUCUCACUCUCUUGGAGCACCUUCCAAUAGUUUUUCCAUGGAACCCUUGUUCUAAUUAAUUCGAUUGAUUUUUCAUCAAACAGUUAAAAAAUUUCAAUAUGCAAGACUUUUUCGAAGUGUCGCGGUGCACGAUCUGAAAAUCCCUGCCCUAGGUAAAGUGAGGCGAAACAUAUAAAUUGCAUUAUUGAUGCGAUACUUUUACAUGCACUGGAAAAGCAAUCAUAAUGUUUUUCCUCACUUUUCUUAGGGUAUAACUUUUUCACAGCUAUCGAAUCACCUUGCGGUCUUCGACAAAGUUGUUUGACCAACAAAAAUACAUUUAAAAAAAUAUAAUUGAAAGCUUACAGCGCCAUCUAUAAAGGCUGACAUCUAAAUAAAACAAAUGAUUUCUUCAUACGUUGGGCCAAGUUUUUCCCAUACUAACUUCAAGCUCAUUGAACGCCCCCUUUGACAACUGAUUCAGUGAGGGGCUUUUGAAUUUUUGAAAUGUCAUGGUCUUCAUAUAGGUGCGGGAUCAUUUUUUUUAAACAUUAUGCGGUUUCUGAGCAAUCUGAUACCUGUUCAAAUUUAAAAAGUAUUUUUAAAUUCUAUCUAAUGCUAAUAUUACAUAGUAUGAAUCAAACAUUUUGUACAAUUCAGCGUUACACUGACAAAAUGCAAUACUUUCAAACAUUAUAAACUAGUCUAUCUGAAAACAAAUGUAAACAUAAUGAAAUGAAGAAGAUAGACCGUAAACAAACGCAUUUCAUUCAUUACUACUACUGGCUUGAUUGACGGUCACCCAUCUAUCUAGCUGCGUAGCAGUAAUCACACUUGUUCACAACACAUGUGCACAAAGCAAGCAGCUGUUUCAGUACAACAACUCCAACGCUUGCACUGCACCUCAGGGUACGAGAGGUGUGGGCGUGGGGCAGAGAUAGCGAAGGAGGGGGUCGUGCAAAUUUAUCGUGAACAAGCAAUGAUUCAUCGUGCGACCUACACCUACCUACCACAACACGCACAUCGAUUACACGCUUCAUUGUGUUGAAGCUAGACCUAUUUAUUUAGCGAUCUACUCUGUUUGGCUAAAACAAAACAUAGGUAACAUACAAUUUUCACCUUUCGAUCAAUCCAAUCGAAUCACCGAACGGGGAAAGAUGAAUGUGUGGCACAAGGUGAGAGAGAGAAAAUCAAUUCAAUUGUGAUCGCGAAACUGCAGCUUGAGACAGUCUGUGUGGGUAGGCGAACAGAGGGUGAAAUGGGCAAGAUAAUGUUUUCUAACAUCUUGCAUGAUUAUUGCACAGAGAAACAGACGUAACACUUAGAACAACUUUUAUCAAAAAACAUCGUCACGAAAACUUAAUCGCCCAAUGCUAAACCUACUGUAUUUGGCCGGGCUACCACUAGGUGGCGAAAGUGAACAAACGUCAAACUGGAGCAAAAACGAUGCCAGUACCGCGAGUGGUCAAUUGACCAACUACUGAAUAUUUGAAUCAAUCGUUUAAAAGGUGAUCGAUGGGAAGCGAUCAGAGUGUGGCAUCUGCUCCUCUGUGUUAGAAAGUUUUGAAGAUUUCAAGUCAUAUGUCGAGAAUCAUACGGGAGAACGCAUCAAGAGAAUCAGGACGGACAACGGGAAAGAGUAUGUCACCCAUACGAUGCGACGGUUUUAGGAGACAAGCAGGAAUCCACCACGCAACGACGGUUCCGUAUAGUUCUAAACAAAACGGACUGGCAGAGCAAAAGUCCUACGUCGUUAUUUGGUCACCGACAAAAGGUCUACCAGUCACCCCACAUGUAAACGUCUCGACCUGUCAUACCUACGAUUUUUGGAAGUGAGGUCAUGGUAUACAGGGUGUUAGGUUCCCGAGUGCAAACUUUUUAAAGGGUGAUAGAGGACCAUAAAUGGAGAAAAAAAUUGUUCUACGCAUAUGGUCAAAUCUCAAUCGCUACGUAGUUAUUGAACUUCCCAUGUUUAUGACUCUUAUUGCCUUAACUGGCAAUAAAUUGAAAAUGGUCAAACUUAUCGAAGUUUUUUUACCCUUAUUCGAAAGAUUAUUGAAUUUUCUAACAAAUGGCAUCUUUGAAUCGAUUGGUUUAGUUAAAUAACUAAGUUUUCUAGAGCAAAAUAGCUAAAAAUAGUGUAUUUUUAUUGGUUUUUGUCAAUUAUCUUUGAAACAUGCGUAAUAAAUUAAAAUUCUUUCUUUGGCAAAGUUGUGGCUCCUGUUACACUCUACAAUUCGUUCUUUGACACCAAACUUCUUUCUCUUAUCGUUUUGUUGCAAUUUCGGUUUUAACAUCGCAUUUCAGAUCAUAAAUUUGCAACUGUCAUGGAAAGCACUUUUUUGCGCAUUGUGCCACACAUUUAAAUCAAAAUUGCAAGAAAACGAUAAGAUCUAGAAGUUUGGUGUCAAAGAACGAAUUGUAGAGUGUAACAGGGGCCACAACUUUGCCAAAGAAAGAAUUUUAAUUUAUUACGCAUGUUUCAAAGAUAAAUGACAACAACCAAUAAAAAUACACUAUUUUUGGUUAUUUUGCUCUAGAAAACUUAGUUAUUUAACUAAACCAAUCGAUUCAAAGAUGCCAUUUGUUAGAAAAUUCAAUAAUCUUUCGAAUAAGAGUAAAAAAACUUCGAUAAGUUUGACCAUUUUCAAGUUAUUGCCAAUUAAGGCAAUAAGAGUCAUAAACAUGGGAAGUUCAAUAACUACGUAACGGUUGAGAUUUGACCAUAUGCGUAGAACAAUUUGUUUCUCCAUUUAUGAUCCUCUAUCACCCUUUAAAAAGUUUGCACUCGGGAACCUAACACCCUGUAUAGAUACACUUCCCUAAGGAGAAAAAAGCAAAUUAGAUAUGAGGUCAGAACGAGAUGGGCUGCAGUGAUAAUCCGAAGGCAUACAGAGUAUAUAAAACUUUAAGACUCAAGACGUAGCAAUCAGGCGUGCCGUGAUCUUUUUGGAUGCUCCUUUCCAAAUGAUUGUGCAAAACGAGGUUUCAGAGGAGGAGCUCGCAAACGACGAAGAGGACGACCGGCCGGCACAAGAUCAGCUCAGCGAACCAGAUACCGUGCAGUUCAGAAAUGCCGAUGACACGCUGAUCGGUGCCGAUUUGGAUCUACUGCGUCUUAAACGCAAAAGAGACAAAUCGUACAAAAAAUGGCGUAGAAAUGAAAAUUUCAGAAAUUGGCUAAGGUACAAGGUCGCGCGCAAUAAAUACUCGCAAGGAAUCGAAAAAGCAAAUGAUAGAAAAGUUUUUGAUGAAGCACCUCGGAUUGGCUAACAAAGUGCUUGUAAUCCGAGUGACGCGUCAGAAGGGCAGCGUUCGCUUCUUGGUUUGCUCAUACCAGGAACUUCAACGAUGUCAACUACGUUAUCAAAGGCCCACGAUUAAGUUUCGAUUUGAAAAUGUUCCUGCGCAUUCGUUCUAUCUGUGAUGCUACGAUGCUUCAAGCUGAUUUGAAUGCCUUCACAAACUGGUGCAGUUUGAACCGUAUGGUAGUUAACCCUGAAAAAUGCACCGUUAUUUCGUUAACUAUCAGUUACACGGGACAAAACUUCAACGAGCUGACCAUGUGAAAGACUUAGGUGUAAUUCUGGACAUUCAGCUGACUUUCAAACACCGUUUGUCGUAUGUUAUCGCGAAGGCUUCUAGGACUCUAAGAUUCAUCUUCCGUAUUACCAAGGACUUCCCGGAUAAAAACUAACCAUAGGGUGUUUGGUGAAAACCAUUCCUGCACCAUACAGUGUACCAGCUACAAUAAUGUAUAUUGUAAUGAAAUGAUUCGCUAAAAGCUUCGCACAUUGUAGCUACUAUACAUUUACAUUCGAUUUUUAUGUAACAAUCAGGGUUUUGAAUUCUCACUCUUUUUCGCGAUUGAUAAAUAUUCACUCACUAGAAUUUUCAGUGAAAAUAUGAUUUUCAUUUUCUUACUCACGAAAUUAUCUCCGAAAAUCUUUUUUCUCUCACGUUUGAUGCAAUGAAAAAUCGUAAACAAUGUUCGCCGAUGAAAUGUAUUUCUCACUCUCAGACAAUUCUUCUCACUAGAGAUGACUCACUACGAAAAUUGAUAUUCUCAUCCUUCAUUGAGCGAACUGUCAAAAACUGUAAACAUUGCGGUCGUUUCAUAUUGCAAAGCCUCUGUGGAAGUAAUCGUGUUGCGGAAAAUGGAUCCUCCAAAUUCGAGAAAGCGACGAGGCAUUGCGGACAUCAUCGAAAGCGUAACAAAAAAGUUGGCAUGCGGUGGAUUUCGGUGUGCUGCUGUUGAAAAUUGCAGCUACACACAAGCGACCUACAGCGUAGGAAAUUUGAAGCGCCACAUUCAAAAGCUACAUCCGAGAGAGUAUGAAAUUUUGAAUCUUGGUACCAGUCAAAGUAAUGCUCAUCCAGCAGAACGUCAGGAUCCAAAAAUCUCUGUGCGAAUGUCCCGGGAACGCCUAUUUGGUGGAGUGAUCAAGUGUGUAUCUCUUCAUGGGUUACCAUUUUCGUUCAUCCACCUCGAAGGAAUAAAGGAUCUGGUUGAUCCUUACUGUGAAGCCUUGAAAGUGUCCAUCAACGACAAGAACGUCCACCAGUAUUUGGGAAAAGUCGCCUCUGCUAUUGAUACCAUCAUAAAAGAUGAUGUCUGCGGCAAGAUGAUAUCAUUAAAAAUUGAUGCUGCCUCAAAAAUGUAUAGAAGUGUGCUUGGAAUAAACGCCCAGCUCAUAACGGAAGAAGGCGAGUAUAAAAAGUUAACGCUCGGUAAGCAUUGACCAUGUUUUAUUCAUCACAGUAUAUACACAGACAAACAGACGUAACACUUGCGAAAUUUCCAUCAACCACGCUUUUAACGAUCAUUUUAAAUUCUCAUAGUUGUGGCUUUCACAACCAGAAGCGCGCGCAUCGUUUUUCUAUGCGUUUGACGUUUCACACUAGCGCCUUCUGUUGACGAUAUUGCACAACACAGUGAUUCGUGCAACUUUUCCACCAGGUGAUGGUAGUGUGAACUGGGCGAUGGAUUUCCAUGAAAGUCGUUCAAGGUGUUACGUCUGUUUGUCUGUGGUAUAUAGCCAUUACAGUUCUUGACUAUGGUACCAAUACCACAAGUUUUUCCCAGUUAUUAUCCACAAUCUCUAAUUGAAUCGUAGGUAUGGUUGAACUUCACGAUCGUCACACGGCUACAAAUUUGAAAGACGAGGUUUAUCAAAAGUUGGCGGAAUUGAACAUCGACAUCAACCAAGUAUACAGCGUCACUGUUGAUAAUGGACGCAACAUGGUGAAAAUGGUACAUUUGAUGGAGAAGGACACUACAGAAGACAUCGAACAGUACCUCGAUUGUAGUGUAGACGGCAGCAUGCAGAAAACGGACGAAGAAACGCCUAAUGGUGUAGAUGGCCUCGAAGAUUACGAUGACACCAUGGAAGGGUUCUUGAAUGAUUUGAAUGACCUCAUUUGUGGACAUCAAGUAGCAUGCAUACGCUGUGGUGCGCAUACUGUGCAGCUAGUGGUCUCCGAUGUGUGCAAAGACGAGGUUCAUCAAAGGAAUAUCAAAGCUAUCACCAAGAUAGUUGUGGCGUUUCAUAACACCAAGUACAAAAAUUUUUUCGAGGUUUCUGGUGGAAAAUAUCCGUCUAUUCCUGGUCCAACAAGAUGGAAUUCGAACUUUCUUAUGCAACAAAGCCUACUGAACAGCAAGGAUUUCUUCGAAAGGCUUGGUUGUGAAUAUGCCGAACUGGAUCUAACAACAUACUGGGAAUUCAUUGGAUCAUUUGUGACGGCGUUCGAACCACUAUAUGAUUGCACUUUGGCAAUCCAAAAAGAAACAUGUACCCUCAGCGACUUUUUUGGCUUUUGGAUGACUGCAUUUGGAAGAGUAGCGGCGCUGGAAACCAAUAUUUUCAGAGCAACAAUCCUGGCAUCAAUGGAAAUUCGAGAAAAAGCCUUGUUCGACAAUUAUCCUUUUCAAGUAGCGGUGUAUAUGGAUCCUCGAUUUUCAUUUUAUGGAUCGAAAAUAUUUUCGUGUUCACAUAAAGAACGCAUAAUUGUAAGUUUUGAAAAUCAACAGGCUACUGUUUUUGAGUUCAAGCCAUAAAUAUUCUUUUUAAGGACUAUCUGCUUGCGCUCCACAAAAAGAUCAACAGAACCACACGUCAGGAAUCAUCAACCCCUCCGCCGGCGGAAGAAGCUGUGCCAUCAUCAUCGCAAGGAAGGUUUAGCUUAAACAGCUACCUAUCUGCACGACUCGGAGAAACUUCAGCAACCACUCCGCAAACGAGCACGUGGGAAAUGAAAUUGAGGAACGUGCAAUAUCAACAACGGGUGGAUGCUGAUGUUCCGAAUUUCAAUAUCGUGCAAUACUGGGCACAAAGGCGCUUCGAAGAUCCUGAACUUUGGCAGUUGGCCAAGGUCGUGUUUGGAGCAGCUUCGACGCAGUGCAGUGUAGAACGCGACUUCAGUCAAUUCAAUAUCAUACUCACAAAACCACGAAACCGAAUGAAGGACGAAAAUCUGGAAAACGUGUUGAAGAUAAAGGCGAACAAAGGUAUAUUCCAAAGGGCCCUCACGUUGGCCAUAAACGAAUGAUUUAAGAGAUUCAUUUUAAACUGGUUGAGGUAACUGACUAUGACGCGGCGUAUAAUAAUGAACUGAAUUAACGCCCACCAUGGUCUCACAAUUUAAAUCUUUAAAUAACUUUGUUAUCAAAAGUUCCAAUAAAAUAAACCUGAUUUCACGAAAAAAAAAACGGAAGUCUAUGCUGUAGUAAAAAAGAAAAUCAUUGUCCCCUUAUAGAUACAAGACAACUCUAAACGAUAACUCAAAAAGAAUAGACAAAGGAUUGCUUGAUUACAUUACGGCUUACAACAUAGAUAUCUAUGUAUCUCAAAAAUGUAUCUUACUUUUUCUUACACUACCAUUCUUUUUUGAUAUAAUUCAAACUUUUUCAUUUAGUAAGACCACGUAUAUAGUUUCUGGGUCCAAUUUUCGGUUAGUUUAGGAUGUCGGAUAAAUGACUGAAAGAAACCACAAAGAAUCCCGACUGAAAUCUCCAAAGGAAUGCCGGGAGGAAUCAAAAAAAGGAAUCCCGGGAGAAAUUCCUGAUGGAAUGCCGCAAAAUAUUCCUGAAGGCAACCCGGAAUAUCAUCGUCAACAUUGUUGUCGCUUCGUAAAAUAUUUCAAUGAAUGCAACCGUGACGAUAGAUCGACAAUGAUUUUUCAUUAGGGCCUAACUGACAUUAUCGAUUUCUCUUCGUCGAUGCUCUCUUUGUGCUAUUACAGAACAUGAUCGAGUUUUCCAAAGAUUUUUUGGUUUAAAUUCAUAGGGAGAACCUAUAUCUUGCAAAAGGCGCAACAAAAAUAAUAAUUUAGAGAAUCGACGAAGAGCAAACGGUGAAGUCAGUAAGGCCUUAAAGAAAAAUCAUAAUCGAGACAUUCGCAUAAAGACCGUCUUUAUUUGGACUUAGGUACCUACUAUAUUUUUAUAUCUAUUGAUUGAUGCACCAAGCGAAAAGAAAAGGAAGUUUUGACAUCCAAGCGGUGUGCCGUUUACAUCCAUGGACCAAUCAGCGACGAGGAUCUCAUCGGCGGCACACCGCUCGGAUGUCAAAACUUCUUCUUCUUUUCACUUGGGUGCAUCAAUCAAUAUACAGAAUACAUAAGGAGUUGUCAUAUUUCCACGGCGUCAAUAUAAUUUCGAUUAUUAUUCACAGGGUAAGUGUACCAGUUAUCGUUAUAGUAGUUUCUUAUUAAAUAACUGUUGGUCAAUGAUCCUAGAUAUUUGAAAGAUUAUCAAGUUGAUUGUUUCCGUGUUUAUUUAUAAUUGAGAUAUAUGUUGCCAUGUUACAUUCAAAUAUUCAAAUAGUUCACUACGAAAACAUCGAAUAAGGAAUAGCUUUAACUAAGACACUUACUCUUACAGCAUGGAAGCCUUUUUUAAUGAUCCUCACAUUGAUUGCUCGCUGCGCUAUGUGGUGAACACUGCAUCCAGAAAGUAGCCAAAGCCGGAAGGGUAUGGUGGGCAGGGCAUACUGCAAGAAUGCCGGAUAGCAACCCUGCAAAAAAUGUGUUCGGAAGAAAUCCGGAUGGUUCAAAACAACGGACAAGGUGGGCUGACCAAUUCGAGAGUGAUUUGACGAGCGUGGGAGGAUCCCGAAGUUGGAGAGGAGCAUCAUUAAACCGAAAUGUGUGGCGUUAUCCAUAGUGCUAUGAAAUUUAUAUAAACUUAUCCUAUACUAUUUGGAGCAACUAUCGGCAUGAAUAAGCCUGGUAGAAUCAAUGUAACGUAACAGUGGUAGGCGGGCUACGAAUGGACUAGGCACUUAUACGUCGCUUUGAAAGUGAACUAUUCUUACACAACUAAACAGCGCUUAACAGUACGAGUGCAUAAUCCUAGUUCCGAUGAUCAUUUGCGAAGACAUUAGAAAGUUUAUCGCUCGCUUGCUCCAGUACUCCGAGAUAAAUAUCCUCAACCAAGAGCUCCAUCUUCUCCGUUGGAUUCCUUUCCCAAAUCUGGAUUCUAGUGAAGGAAAUUUCACACCAGCAACAUUCGUAAGUGCGACCCUCACUCUCUGGUCUAGAAACGAAAUCUUGGUGCAACAUUCGAUAGUGUCGACGAUGAUUUACCGCUCAUUCCUAAAAAAAUCCUUUCCUUAAUGAACGUCAUAUUCAAGUAGUUUAUUGGAUACUUACUUAAUCAGUUAAUCCGCUCAGACAGACGACGCAGAAACAGAUUUUUUGGGGAUUUUCUUUAAGCACACGAAGGUAAAUAAAACAGAGCACGGUUUGUUGUGGUUACUUUUGGAGCAAAAGUGAAACGUCACAUCGUCGCGUCGCUUGGAAGGGUGAGGCUGAAACUUUCCAAAAUGUCCUAUCCUACAUAUGUUUUUUUUUUUAAGUUUAAUGAUGAUUGGAAACUAUUGCACAGUUCCCACUAAAUCGAACAGCACAGUAUGAAAGUGUGACGGUUGAAAAGUGUGACGAUAAGUGCAACCGCGCUCUCGGACAGCAUUUUGACGUCGAGAAAUGUCACAAAUAAGCACGUGGUGUGUGUUUCGCCUGAUUCUUUCUCGAUUUUGUUUUGAUUCUCAUCCAUCUGACAACCCGCGCAUUUGGCUUUCUUUCUUUUUUCUCACCCAGAGUCAUGACCGGGUGGCCAGUUAUACAGGUUUAUGCAUUUCUCUUGUAGAAAAAGAUCAUAAAAUGUGUAAUUUAUAAAAUUGAUAUCGGCAACCGUGCUGGAGCACAAAAAUAGUGUGAUAGAUGAAGUGCAUCAAAAAUCCAUCUUUCAAAGCAACCAGCAAUAGGUACAUUCAAAUAAUAUUGCAAAUUCAUAGAUUUUUUUUAUCAAAGUUGAAUUGAUUAUUGUUGAUGGUACUCAAUUAUUAACUGUACUUUUGCGUUAACGCGUAUAAUUCGCAACAGUCAAAGCUAUAGAUCUUUGGACAUUUUGGAAAAGAACACUAGUUUUUAAUGCGCGGUCGUCAAGAGUGAAUCACUUUUUCUUUUUCUUUUGUUUUCGUUAGGCACUGAAAAACUCCGUGAUCCGUGAGUUGUGAGAAACUGAAUGCGUGAGAAUAUAUAUUCGUUCGAGAACAAGGAAAAGUGAGAAUCCAGUUACAAAACGAUAGUGAGCCAACGAUGCAGCGAACUUGUCAACUCGCGUGAGUCAGUGAUUUUCGUUUCUCGUCAGGAGUGAAAAUUGCUAAUUUUCGUGUCGCGACAAUGAAAAGUUGAAACCCUGGUAACAAUUUAUCAUACUGUUUUUCUUACGUUUGAACCAUUCACUUUUCCGAAACAUUAUUUUUCCGUACAUUUUUAGUUAUUUUUUUCAGUUUUAGAUUUUUUUUCCGUGCUUUUUUUGUUGAUGUUUGUGACUUUUUUGAUGCAAAGAAAAGGAAAGAAAAAAAGUGAAUAAGUUGAAACAUCAAUUUAAAGUCACUAAAAUUUUUAAAUAAGUACUAAACCAGAACUGCAGAUCCAAGAGAUAUGGUGGGCUAUGUAUGUAAAGUGCGAUGAGAGGAAUACGAUUGACGAACUUUAUCUUUGACUCAGAGCCAUCUUUAACUUAUACUUUAAUCGAACUUGACAGUUUUCUCAUGAGUUGUUAUAUAUUUCUCCGUGUGUUUCAAAUUUUGGUCAAACUGGAGCCUCAAUAUCGCAAUAACGGUUAAGCACGCUGUAAUGAUACUUAUGUACCUCGUCACCCACUUCAUGCAACUACAUUAGUGGUCUAAUAAUACUUAGCGCGCUCGGCAUAGUUCCAUCAUGCCGCUCAAAGUGUUGCCAUAAAUAAUGCUUAGUUUGCGAAACCCGGUUAUGUGACUAGUGGGGCAUGGGAGCCUAAGCUUCAACUGUUAAUGCAAUCAGAGACUACUCAGACCUCGACUCAGACUUAGACGUGGGCAAUCCAAUAUAUGAAGGGUUAUCCAAAACGCUCUGGAGAAUUCCCAAAGCGCAUUCUCAUAAUGCUAUAGCAAGCCUAAGAUGCCAUUAACAGGAGGAAAAUGACGAGAUAAUAUAACAUUAUAUGGUUUACUUAAGGUGAAGCUCCCUGCAGAUCAUAACAAACAUUCUGUCUCCCUUCGAAACACCCUCCCAACCACCCACUCAAACAAAACAAACCAAGCGGUGCACAGAGUAGUGUACGGUGGCCAAAAACACGAAAGAAAAUCUCGGCUGAAUUCGUUUUGAUUAAUUUACUAGUAUUAAUUUUUCAUGUUAGAAGUUUAACGUACGUUAUAUUGACUUCGUGGACUCGUUUGCAUAACUGAGCACGACCGGGUUCACAAAAAUAUUUUUUAAUUUUUGUUGUGGUCCAGUAUUCAACGCACUUAUCGCAUUGUGCGCCGUUUUAUUUACAUGUUUUGACAAUCCUGAUUUCUCUCUUGCUGCGUCUCUCUCGAACCGUUCUACCGUGAUACGGGGUGAUAUUGAUCAAUGCAAAAAUUAAUGCACAAACAGCAAAUUAACUGUUCUUCUCCAAUUUUACAACGUGCUCGCGUGUACUUUGAACGUAAUAUUCUAAAUAUAUGCAAUCAUUGGCAAAGAUAGCUGUUUUAUCUGAUAAACGUUGACAUCGAACGGAUACAUUUCAUGCAGCGUUCAACAACGACACUUAGUUCUACGGUACGCUUUUCAGUUCGCUCUUGUUGCUUUUCUUACCGCGAUCGAAAUGGAAUUGGGUUUUCGACCACGAAUGUGAAAAAAUAACCGAUUUCGGGCGACAAAUUGUGUGUCAAAUGAAAAUGGAAAGUGUUUUCAGUAUUCCAUCAAAUUCUUGAAGUGCUAGUGUAUUUAGAAGUGCAUUUAGGCAUCAUUUGAAUAAAAUGCAAUACGCGCCCGUGGACGAAAAUAGUGCUUUGAGUGCUACGUUUUUACACGAAUCUAUGGAAAAAUAGUUAAUAUUCAAAUGAAGAUUAAGUUAUUGAAGAAGAAAACUAUUUAUGUAGCACCAGUAGCAAUUGCAUUGCAUUUUAUGCAGGUAAGUUUGCUAAAUCUAAUGCAUUUGUUCGUCGACAUCCGUACUCGUUCAAGGUUAGGGUUAGGGGAAGAAGGAAGGCAGGUGCCAGUGGGCGCCAUACCGCCUGCCAUUUUGUAACUCUAGCAACCUCGUCCUUAAUGUAAAACAAUACAACAUAACAAAAGAGAACCUUUCCAAAACCAUUUAAUUAAAUGUAUAACCAGUAGUGAAAUUACAAUUAAAAACAAUAUAUUAACAGUUCAUUUUAUUGUUUGAAACCAUACGUGUACUAUACAAUGUACGGUUUAUUAAAACCCACGUAUCAGAAUUUAUAACAAUUCAUUUACAAUAUAAUGUAUGGUUUUGCAAAAAAAUAUAUAUGGAGAAAAAUAUUUUUUUAUAUUGUUACAAUACUUAACAACCCGUAUAGAAUAUUGUAAAAAUCUUAUUUACAAUUUACUGUAUGGUGUUUACAUUACAUUUUAGUGUUUUUGUAUUUUUAUUUUUACAGUGGUGUCUAUUGUAAAAAUAUGGUUUUAAAUAGUACUGUUACAAUACAACGUUCGGUUUUUCUACUGUAUUUUUUAUUCGGGUUUACCGACGACUAUGUAUAGGCUGCGGCUUAUUUUUCAAAAGUUGUUGAAACCUGGAAUUCGUAAGCUCUUUUGGAUUCAAAUGACACAAAAAGAGAAACCUCUGAGUUCAAGCCAAAAAUAUUGAGAUUUAGAGGUCGCGCGAUCGCUUCAAAGUCGAAUUUUUGAGUAAUAAAAAGGUGUUUUCACUUCAAGUGCCAUAACUUUCUCAAUUUUCAACCGAUUUUCAAUCUUUUAUGAAUUUCUCACAAAUUAAAUUUCGAAUAAACUCGUAGAACAUCAUUUUUUCCAAAGUCACGCAAAACAUGAGUUUUUGAAGAUUUAAUUCAUUUUUUUCAUCUUUUUACAAAAAAUUUUAACUUUAGAAUCCUAUAACUUUUUAACCGUUUGACCAAUUUUAAUUUUUUUAGCUUGCUUUUUUAGAUAUUUUUGUUGCCUAAAAAUGCUGUGAAUAAACUGUACCGUUAAAAAAACGUUUCAAAAUAGAUAAAUACCAAAAACCGUUCAGAAACACGUAUUUUAUUGAAAAAAUCAGAAUUUUGGGUAAAUUUUAGUUGUUUUCAUACCUAGUUUCGGGCUCAAAGUGAAAAAAAAAAUUCUCAAUAAUCAUAUGGAAGACUUAAACUUCAGUUUUUGGAGUGUUCUGAACCAAAAAAUGUUUUCAUGUUCAAAAUGUCAGAAAAAAAAAUUGAAAAAAAAAUCCUCCAAUGUGUUCCAUAACCCUAAAUAUGAGGCUAAGUAUCUGGUUUGGGGUAAAAAAUUGCGAAUAAUCGUCAAAAACUCCAAUUUUACAUAAAAAAAAUCAAGUUUAAGGCAUAUUUUGGCAGUGUUUGAUAAAAAGUAUCAUAAAAAUGACUACCUUGAUGAAAAGUUUGUUUAGGACAAAGAUAGGCAACGAAAAUAUCUACAAAAGCAAGCUAAAAAAAUUAAAAUUGGUCAAACGGUUAAAAAGUUAUAGGAUUCUAAAGUUAAAAUUUUUUGUAAAAAGAAGAAAAAAAUGAAUUAAAUCUUCAAAAACUCAUGUUUUGCGUGACUUUGGAAAAAAAAUGAUGUUCUACUAGUUUAUUCGAAAUUUAAUUUGUGAGAAAUUCAUAAAAGAUUGAAAAUCGGUUGAAAAUUGAGAAAGUUAUGGCACUUGAAGUGAAAACACCUUUUUAUUACUCAAAAAUCUCAAUAUUUUUGGCUUGAACUCAGAGGUUUCUCUUUUUGUGUCAUUUGAAUCCAAAAGAGCUUACGAAUUCCAGGUUUCAACAACUUUUGAAAAAUAAGCCGCAGCCUACUAUGUACUGCCUUAAGUCACCACGGUGUGCCAAAAACCGUUAUUAACAAAUAAAAAUGUCCACCCAAGUGGUACCCGGCAUUCGAAAGACACACUAUUCUAGUAUCUCCUCUGAAAAUUUGAAAAUCUUUCAUCGGGGGAAACUAAUGUUUUUGUGAUUUGGAGGUUUUUAGCCAUUUCUAUAGAACUUUCUUAUAUGAGUAAAUAUGCACGCACGGUGUGCCUGAUACCACUAUUAACAAAUAAAAAUGUACUCCAAACUCACACCUGGCGUUCGAAAGAUAUACUAUUCUAGUAUCUCCUCCGAAAAUUUGAAAAUGUUUUAUCGAAAGAAACCAAAGUUUUUACUGUUUGAAGAUUUUCCUCUAUUUUCAUAGAAUAAGCUCAUAUAUGGUAAUAUUGUCAUAGGAUGUUUCAUUGGUUCUUCAAAUCAUAAACAAAUACAUAUUAAUAAGUUUCACUAACACCGUUCCAAAGAUACAACAUUCAAACAACUUCUCUGAAAAUUUGACAACAUUUCAUUGAAUCGCUCGCAAAUUACAGUGGUUUGAAAAUAUCUCAUCAUAUCUUGAUAAAGUGUAAUGAAAAUGUAGUAACUUCAUAGAAUAUUAUUUCAAUUUCUCAUGUUAAUCAUUCCUCGCAAUGAAUAUAUAUUUUGUAACUCAUCUAAAACUUUGAUUAUAAAUCACAUUUUUUGCGAUACUAUUACAAAACUCAGUAGGUGUUUUUAACCGUGUUUAUAGAUAAGGCGAUAGUAUGCAUAUCUCUAAAGAAAUUGAAAUCAAAGCUAAAAAUUGUUGUUACUAAUGAUCAUUCAAAUGUAAAAUUUCUAAAUUCACGGAAGACACGUUAGUAACAUAACGUAUAACAGCUGGGUAGUAAAACUGUUAGCAUUUAGGUUUACUUUAAAUUAAAAGCUUCAAUAUCUUAAACAUUAUACCAACGAUUGACAAAGCUUCCUAGGGAUACCAAAACAUUGGGCUGUUAAUUCAGUUUAACUCUCGUUUCACCAUGAAACGUUUUCAAAUUCACCGACAAGAUACCAAUAUAUUCAUAACGUACUUAAAAACAAAAAAACCGGUGCCAAACACUUAGAAAGUUUAUGUAAUCAACGCUCACGGCGUGCCACAUUUUUAUUUGUAUUCGAGUAGCAGGUAGAACUAUGAAAUAUUAAACUACGCUAAAUGACACUCCUCUCAAUGAAAUGUUGCCAAAUGUGGAGCGGACCUGUUGUGAUGGUUAGAACACUUGACUAUCACGCCGAAGACCUGGGAUCGAAUCCCACUCCCGACAAACUCACAAAAUUUGAGUUCUUUCUUCGGAAGAAAAAAAAAAGCGUGGGUCCCAAGAUGAACUAGCCUAGGGCUAAAAAUCUCGUUAAUACAGCUAAAACAAAAUGUUGCCAAAUUUUCGGAGAAGUUGCUUGAAUAUUUAUUGUACUUUUGGAAUUUGUGAAACUCAUAACGUCGUUCAACACUAGUUCGUGUCAUGGAAUGAGAAAAAAUAAUAAUAGGGGUUUAGGACCCUAGAAACUCUAAUGCGUAUAUGUAUCAGUUAAACACCCCAAGUUCUCAAUUCAAACUUCAAUCUUUAACUGUGAAGUACAAUAUUUUUUCGAAAAUUCUUUCACUAUGACACUUCUAGGAUUCCAAAACCCUGUUCUUUUUUUUCUCAUCUCAUAAUACGUUUUUUUUUAAUUUUGUUUAGCAGUGUUAUUAUUUGUUUAAGAUUGAAGAACACCGUAUGCCAAUAUUUCCAUAUAUGAGCUAAUUCUAUGAAAAUCUAGGGAAAUCUUCAAACAGAAAAAACUUUGGUUUCCCUCGAUAAAACAUUUUCAAAUUUUUGGAGGAGAUACUAGAAUAGUAUAUCUUUCAAACGCCGGGUGUGAGUUUGGAGUACAUUUUUGUUUGUUAAUAGUGGUAUCAGGCAUACCGUGCGUGCAUAUUUACUCAUAUAAGAAAAUCCUAUAGAAAUGGCUCAAAAUCUUCAAAUCACAAAAACUUUAGUUUCCCUCGAUGAAAGAUUUUCAAAUUUUCAGAGGAGAUACUAGAAUAGUAUAUCUUUCGAAUGCCGGGUACCACUUGGGUGGACAUUUUUAUUUGUUAAUAACGGUUUUUGGCACACCGUGUCACUCUAUUGCUCGCUCGUUUGUUCGCUCGUUCAGAACGACAUAGAAAGGAUUGAAUCGCGGUUCAGCGUCGCUUCAUCCGUUUUGCACUUCGCAGGCUUCCCUGGCGUGACCCUCACCGAUUGCCGAGCUAUCAUAGUAGAUGUCGAUUGAUACACCUCAAAACGCUACAAACACGCAGAGAUGUUAUUUAAUAGAGCGAUGAUAAUCGCGGAUUUUCUGCAAGGGAGAAUACACAGCUAAUCGCGUUCGGUAAUUUUUACCGAAAUCUCAACCGCUGAGCGUUCGGUAAUGGAUUUUUAACGAAAUUCUGUAAAAAAAUAACAAAUUUCGGUAAAAUGUUAUCGUUUAUCUGUCAAACUCUAACGAACUUCGGUAAAAGUUGCUACCUUUACCGAAUUUUUCCUGUAAAACAAACUUAACGGUUGAGAUUUCGGUAAAACAUUACCGAAGUCGGUGAUUUUUUCUAACUGUGUAGAUUGUCCUGCUAUUCUUGCACUGAUCGGCAUUAUUGCUCGCAGCAGAAGACUACGAGCUAAUGCCAUGUUACGAUUGCCGCUCCGACGAACUCUUUUUGGACAAAACUGCGCAAUGAUUGGCCUGCAACGUUGUUUUAACACAGUAGCAUCAGGUUUUGACUUCCAUCUUCCCAGACAAACCAUCCGUCGUAAUUUUAUCGAAGAACUCACCUCCAGGAUAGUGGAAUGAAUUGUAUUGUAGUUGUUUUGUUUUACAUAUUAUUCACAGCUAAUCGCGUUCGGUAAUUUUUACCGAAAUCUCAACCGCUGAGCGUUCGGUAAUGGAUUUUUAACGAAAUUCUGUAAAAAAAUAACAAAUUUCGGUAAAAUGUUAUCGUUUAUCUGUCAAACUCUAACGAACUUCGGUAAAAGUUGCUACCUUUACCGAAUUUUUCCUGUAAAACAAACUUAACGGUUGAGAUUUCGGUAAAACAUUACCGAAGUCGGUGAUUUUUUCUAACUGUGUUUGUUUACUGUUAUUUGACCGAGUUUUGCUGUUAGUUUUGAAUGAAAACCAUCAUUGGGACAAUAAGUCUGUAAUAAUGAUAGAUAAAUAAACACUGUGUUCAGCAGUUACUAUAACGUAUUGGCAAGGAAGACUGUGUAGACCCGUAGUGCAGUCGACUCCGGCGGACCCUAACCAAACGUUGACGAAGUAGAUGAGCCCUACUAUCGAUGAAGAACGAAGACAGAUGCAGAACGUUCCGUUCUGUCAGUUGGUAGGAGGGUUCCAGUUCCUGGCACAAGGCACGUGUCCGAACAUUUGUUUCACCGUGAAUCAAGUUAUCCAGUUCUGUAACGACCCGGUAAAAGCGCAUUGAAUAGCGGCAAAUCGUAUUUUGCGAUACCUAAAGGGGUCGCUAGAUCUGCAGCUAAUCUACAGCAAGGAACCAGACGAACAUUUCGUCGGAUCCAACGAUGCGGACUGAGGCAACGAUGUUGAGACACGACUUUUAAUCACUGGAUACGUUGCACACGGUCCACAUACAAUACAAUACAAUACAAUACAUGGCCGUAUCGGCAGCAAUCUGGUGACGAGGACUACGACAGGAGCAAUCUGGAGUAUCCGAGAAUAAUAUGUUGCAACAAUAAAAACGCGAUCGACGUACCUAGCAGCAAAACUUUGGGCAACAGUGUUGUUGUUCUCUCCAUUUCUUGCAACAUAAACAACAUAGUUAUCCAAAGUUUUGCUCAAACAGCAUCAAAUUAGGCAAGGAAUCAUAAUACCCACGCUUUUUGCACCAUUUCAUUGUAGAAACGGAGAAUGACCUUCUCACCAUACUAAAAUUCAGCUCAUUACUACAAAUCUAGUACUACGCCGAACGUGCCCCAUUGGAAUAUGAAUUGUUCAAAAGUUCUGCAAGAUACAUCAAGGUAUCUCUUCAAAUAUUUCUCAUGGAACAACAUCAAGAUGUUUCUUCAUAAAUCUCUAGAAGUUCUUCGAUGCAGUUCUAUAGGAUAGGCUUCAAAGAGUUUCUACAUAAGGCCCUAGAAUUCUUCUAAGAGCACUUUAAUAAAUAAUACCUCCAGGAGUUUCUCUAACAGCUUCUCGAAGUGUUCCUACAGGAAUUCCUCCAAGAACUUCUCAAAUAGUUUGGUUUCUUCUGUAAUUCCUGAUAGGGUUUCAUCAAGAAUUUUCCGUAUGUAUCAAAUUGUCUGAGAAUUUCUCCAAACGAAUUAAAUCAUCAUAGCUUUUUUCCGUUCUUUUUCAGUGAAUAUCUGAAGAAUUCCUCAACAUAUUCGUUCCAAAUUUUAUCAGGUAACUCCUGAAUUGGGGACUACGAAGGUGAUGAUUUUGUUUGCGGUUUUCUGUGAGAAAGUGAAGGAGGGAAGAUUUUUUGCUUUUUUUUUCACUCAUACUCCCAUAAGAAACCCCGUAGGAAGGAAGAGUGUUUCCCGGCUCAUCAACCUUCGUAGUCCCCAAUGAGCUCCUAGAGAAACUUUUCAAGGGACUGCUGGCGAAAUUUCAGAAGAAACUUCAGCAGGAAUUCCUGGAAGAACCUCUGGAGACAUCUGUGCUGAAAAUUUUGAACACAUUCAUGGAGCAAAUUGCGGUAGAAUUUCUAGAGAAAUUGAAGGAAUUUUUAAAGCAACUCCUGUAGUGUUUGCUGAAGGAACUUUUGAAAAAAAUUCUAGAGGAUUUCCUGCAGUAGCUUCUAGAAAGCUUCCUGAAGAAACUUCUUGGGGAAUUUCUCAAGCAAAUUCUCAAGGAUUUCCUUUAGGUAGCUUUUUGUAAAGCAAUUUCUAGAGGAGUUCAUACAGCAACACCUUGUAAAGGAAUUUCUAGCGGAAUACUUGUCGAAUUUAAAGGGAAAACGAAUACAUAACAUAUACGAACAUAUUCAAUUCACCCUUCGUUCCCCUUCCGAUAUAUAUGGCAGGGGGACCGUUUGGUAUGCAAUGCCAAUAACAGUCAUAGCUGCAGAGUGCAGACCAGCGAAAAAACUGCCAUGGGUGGGAAUUAAUAAUUAUGCAAAAGUGAAGCACAAUGUUCCUCCCAUACCGUUCACCUUUCUUCCGUCAGUUCAACCCAGAUUCAAUCAUCUUUCGACUCGGAAGGAAUGUUUUGCCUUCGUCACCUGAGCACAUCAGAGUAAUCUGUGUGACAUUUACGUCUAUCCGCGUUUGACAGAUGGUGCACAAUUUUCGUCUCAAUCUCGAGAAUUGCAUUUCCCAAUUUGAAUCAUGUCCCUGAUGAUGAUGAUGAUGAUGGAUGAUGCAGGUUGUUGAUUCAUCGCCGUC